UCUUCUUGUUCAGAAAUUCUUUAAAAAUCAUCCAUUGAUUUCAUUAAUUGACGGCUUUACAACGAGAUCAUGGCUGUCGAAACUUCUCUUCCGGCAUUAUUGGCUACACUUACACAAUCAUUGACUUCUGCAAUUGAAUCAGCUCCAGAAAGUUCGGUUGUCAAUCCUCCUGCAGAUGGUAUUUCACUCUUAGACGUGAAGAAUGAGCUGCUCCUAUCCUACCUUCAAAACUUGGUAUUUAUCAUAAUCCUCAAGAUCAGAAAUCAGAAAGAUGAUAUAUCCGGCGAGGAUGAAGAAGAAUUGGACAACGCGGUGGUGAAAAAAUUGGUGGAAUUACGAGUGUACCUUGAAAAGGGUGUUCGGCCUUUAGAAGGCCGUCUGAAAUACCAAAUCGACAAAGUAAUCCGAGCGUCCGACGAUGCACUUCGAGCUCUUGCGCCUACACCAAAAGUUCCCGGGAGUAAAGAUGAUACACCAAGUGAUGGAAACGAUUCAGACUCUGAAGACGACAGCGAUGCGGAUGCGGAUGGGGUACCUCUCAAAACCGCCCAGAUUGAUGAUCUUCAGUACCGGCCAAAUCCUUCCUCUCUCCUUAGACCUGCCGCUGCUACAGAAGAUGAUUCGAAACAUUCCUCAGAUGGUGUUUACAAACCUCCUCGCAUCACUGCAACGGCUAUGCCUACCACCGAACGUCGCGAAAAGAAAGACAGGAAAGUGAACAAAUCCGCAACCUUGGAUGAAUUCGUCAACACGGAAUUAUCUGCUGCGCCAAUUGCAGAGGCUAGUAUUGGUUCGAAUAUCAUAGCCGGUGGCAGAAGAUCAAAGAGCGAAAAGGAAAAGAAGGAGGAUGACGAGAGAAGAGAAUAUGAAGAGAAAAAUUAUACCAGAUUGCCAAAGGAGAGCAAGAAGGACCGAUCCAAGAAGAAUAGGGCAGGUGAAAGACAAGAUGCUGGAUAUGGCGGCGAGGAAUGGAGGGGUUUGGGUGAGGGUGUUGAUAGGAUUGAGAGAUUGACAAAGAGAAAGAGUGGUAGCGGAGGUGCAAUGAAGGAUGUUCUAGAGAAAAGUAGGAAGAGAGCUGUCGAGGAUGGUCCAAGAGGAAGCGGCAUGCAAGUUGGUGAGGGCUUUCAGAAGAGAUUGAAGAUGCUAGACGGCGGCAGAAAAGAUCGGGGGACGGGUAGGAAGUAGGUACCAGCCAGCUUUUACCAUGUGUUUGUGUUGCUUUACUUCGAUAUUUCAAAUGUAUGAUUUCCAGAAAAAGCUAUGGUACAUUCGGAAUGUCCUAGAGACUGUGCAAUAAGUUUUUGAUAAAGACCCAGUUCACCCAAGUUUUUGAUUGCUCCCUCAGACAUCUUAAAAUCGCUACUUUCAAUUACCAAUUACGGAGCAUAAAUCACGAGCCGGAACACGAACAGCAUCCCUUUCACCCUCAAAGGCAUU